UCUCCCUCUCUCUCUUACACUCACUUUGUGUUUCACUCCCUCCUCUCUCUAUUUCUCCUCCUCCUCCUCUAUUGCUCUCAUUCCCUCCAUCCUCUCCGGCAGUCAGAGGCUACGCAGACGCGCGCACGGACAGCAGGAUGUCCAUUGUGAGUAUCGUUGCCAGGGAGAUCCUGGACUCCCGGGGAAACCCCACAGUUGAGGUGGACCUGAGGACUGAAAAAGGUGUUUUCAGGGCCGCAGUGCCCAGUGGAGCAUCCACAGGGAUCUACGAGGCGCUGGAACUCCGAGAUGGGGACAAAAGCCGUUACAAGGGGAAAGGUGUACUGAAGGCUGUCGGUCACAUCAAUGACACCUUGGGACCUGCACUCAUCGCUUCAGGUAUCAGUGUGGAGGAACAAGAAAAAUUGGACAAUCUGAUGCUUGAGAUGGAUGGCACUGAAAACAAAUCUCAGUUUGGCGCUAACGCAAUCCUGGGCAUCUCGCUCGCCAUAUGUAAGGCUGGUGCAGCAGAGAAAGAGGUCCCUCUGUAUCGCCAUAUCGCUGACCUGGCAGGAAACACAGAACUAGUGUUGCCAGUACCGGCUUUCAAUGUAAUCAACGGAGGCUCUCAUGCCGGGAAUAAGCUGGCCAUGCAGGAGUUCAUGGUCCUUCCAGUUGGUGCCGAGUCAUUCCGUGAUGCGCUGCGUAUCGGCGCAGAGUUGUAUCACACCCUGAAGGCUGUCAUCAAAGACAAGUAUGGCCAGGAUGCCAUUAAUGUGGGUGAUGAAGGUGGCUUUGCACCCAACAUCCUGGAGAAUAGUGAAGCUCUGGAGCUCCUGAAAACAGCCAUAGAGAAUGCUGGCUUCACGGAUAAGAUUGUUAUUGGAAUGGAUGUGGCUGCCUCUGAGUUUUAUCGUGAGGGAAAGUACGACCUGGACUUCAAAUCUCCGCCUGACCCCAGCAGACACAUCAGUGCCGACGAGCUGUCUGAAAUCUACCAGGGCUUCGUUAACGAUUACCCAGUGGUGUCCAUCGAAGACCCCUUCGACCAGGACGACUGGGCCGCCUGGACACAGCUCACAGCCUCUGUGGGGAUCCAGGUUGUUGGGGAUGACCUGACAGUAACCAACCCAAAGCGGAUAGAAAAGGCUGCAGAGGAGCGCUCCUGCAACUGCCUCCUGCUCAAGGUCAACCAGAUUGGCUCCGUGACCGAGGCCAUUCAAGCGUGUAAGCUUGCUCAAGCCAAUGGUUGGGGUGUUAUGGUCAGCCAUCGCUCUGGAGAGACAGAAGACACUUUCAUUGCUGACCUGGUGGUGGGACUCUGCACUGGACAGAUCAAAACUGGUGCUCCUUGUAGAUCUGAACGACUGGCCAAGUACAACCAGUUGAUGAGGAUUGAGGAGGAACUGGGUGACCAGGCUCGUUUCGCUGGCCACAACUUCAGAAACCCCAGCGCCCUGUGAGACUGACACUGCUGCACAGACCCACAGACAGCCAGACAGGUUGACUGACCGAGAGACAGCCAAUAUGCACAGGACGACAUCACGACAAAAGCGACUGACACCCACCAACAGGACAGAAUGCACUAAACAAAAUAAGACUGGAGACACAUAGUGCAGGAUGUAGGACUAGAACUGCAAGAUCACUCAUAAAAAGUAAUAACUAUGAUAAAAGUAAUAAUAAUAAUGAUAGCCUAUAUAAAAAUAGCAUAUCAAAUCCAACAGAUGAAUUGUACUGUUGGAGCAUAGACACUGAAUUAAUGAAUCUCGUAGAGCACUAGAAAAUACUGAGAAAAAAACUGUAGAAACUACCAAGACAACCACCUCAACAGACAGACGGACUGACAGACACACACUGACUGCAACUUGAGACUGACUACUGAUGAUGCACAAAUGAAUAGAGGAAUACUGUGAAUUGAAAAGAAUGAAAGGGCACAUUGACAACCUAUUGUACUGUAGAUAUAAAGCCUGAAGCACAAAAAAAUAAAUAAAAGCGAGGAUUGAAGGUCUUGUGGUGCAACACAUCAAAUGACUGGACACGCACGCUUACAGUCUGACACACACACACACACACACACACACACACAGACACACAGCACACUCACACACAGCUACAAAACAAGUAGCUCACAGUCUCACCUUCUGUCACCUGUGAAAAACACACACAUAUACACACACAUUCACAAUUGCACUUUUUUCUCCUAUUUUCCUCUCUGUCAAUUGAAAUUGCAUCACUGUUUUCCUGUUCUUUUUCAUGCCCCCCCCCCCCCCCCUCCUACCCCCCUCUUCCUCUCUCCCUUGCUGUUACUAUGAUUGCAGACUUGGCCUGUUCCGUCAUGCUUGUUCCACUUUCCUAACACCCCUAACCUCCAUUGUUUAUCUACCUGUAGGAUCACUGUGGUUUGGAAAAAAAGAAAAGAUUUUAAGCAAAUCAUAAAUGAAGCAGAUAUUCAAUUAUGUCAUCAAUUAAAAUUUUCAUCAUUUACUUCAACCACA